AUGAAGAUGCAAAGUGUACUACAACUUUUGAAGCCUCUCGUAAGUCUCAGCAUUAUAAUUAUAAUAUUAUGACCUUUUAUAGGAUCUAAAAGUACCGUGAUAUAUAUGUACAGUGGAUUUUAUUUCUCUCGAAAUUUAUUGCUUCAAGAGAAUUCAUUUUAUGAAUUGUUUUUCUUUCUCGUUUAUUCUCGUUUCAAUAUCUCAGCUCACAGUACAGAGAUCAAAAAAUACUUGAAGAAGCUUUUCCCAGAAAAAAAAAAAUUUCCCAUUUGUUAAAUUUUAGUUAUUUCAAUUUUUCUCCUUUUUGCACUUUCUAACUUUCGUUCUUUUUUGGUAUUCUGAUAAUAAUCAUAGGUUUAUUCACUGCAUACUGUUAGAAAAUAAUAAAUAAAAUAGUUCAGAAUACGAAAGCAGCAGAAUAACUAAAACGGGAAUUAGUCCACCCUAACGAGUAGACUAUGACCCGGGGAUAGAAAGGGAGUCAGAGCAAACGGGAUCAGAGCAAACGGGAUAAUCCUUUCCUUGUAAGAUUGAUUAAAAUUAAGUCUGAACUACAGAGACUACUUAUAACUUUCAUGGUAAACAAAAAUGCCUGAAAAUAAAAUUAUAUAUCACGGAAGUCCAUCGGUUUGAAGAUUGGAAAAAAAGAAUUGUAAAAAAAAGAUUUAUGACUCUAAUAAAUAUCGCUCGGAUUUUUGAAGGGAACUGUCAAGAUUUACUGUCUCUUGCUCCCUACAUCUAAAUUUAAAAAAGCUCAGAUAUUUUCGAAAAAAAAAAAUAAUAUCGUUUUUAAGCAGACCCUUUCAAGGCGUCCCUUUAAAAAAAUCCUCGAAGCUCUUUCUACUUCCCGCGAUUCAUCAAUUGUAUCAAUCAUACUCUCUUUAUUUCCUAUUCUGCUGAGUUUACGUUCAAAGUCGAAAAUAUCCAUUAUAUUACUUUCAUGCUCAAAUUCACCAUUUACCGUAAUUAUACGCCAAUUUUCGGGAAAUCAAGUACUUCAUCAUAUCAUUCUUCUCUCGUACUCUUGUCGCUCUCUCACCAAGCAGAUCCAAAACUUUCAGGCAUCUCACGUGAAAUCGCAAGACGACUUCCGAGCACCAACGCGACCGGCGCAUGCGAGAAGCAUGUCGCAGUUUCAGCUCGAGCAAUCGUCGGUGAUCAAGACGGCUCCCCCAGGCCGUCAGCUCGACUUUCCCAAGAAUGAGCCGAUCGACAUCGCCCCUCUGGCGACGAAUCUGCAGGAUCUCAGCAAAAUGCAGAACCUCGACUACUACACGACGCCGAUGCCGCAGUACACGAGGGUCUACGAAUACGCGAGUCUCGGCCAAGGAGCUCCGUCCUCCUUCAUCUCCACCCACGGAGCUCAUCAGCUCUACUAUCCGACGGUGCUGACCAACACGGUGCAGCAGGACUGGGGCAGGUCGAUGGAGUCCUACGCCGGCUACGCCCGUGCCUCCAACGUCCAACAGCAGUACUCCCAGAACGACGCCGGCCAGGACAGGAUCGUCUACAAGGGUGUGGACAUGCCGUCGCCGGUUGAUUCCGGAAUUGGCGGCGAUAUUUCCCUGCUCGCCAAUCCCAAGGAGGAAUUCUUCACCAAUGACUCCAUUAUUGAGAGGUCCGGAGAGAGGACAUUAAGUCAUCGAGACUCGCCGGUCAUCAUCCCUAAGCUGUGAGUCGCUUCUUCUGAGCUCUUUACUUCUGUUAAGGAAAAUUUAUCCAACAUCUCAAAAAGUACAAGAUUCUGCUAUUAAGAGUGUGUUGAAGAGGUAAAAAUACUCUUUGUUGCCCUGUUCGAUGGUAAAAAUACGAAACAGUUCAGAAAAUCAAGAAAAUUCAAAAAAAUGCCCAUAGUCCCACUCGUCAACUGAAACUUUGUACGCCUUUGAAACGCCACGAGAAAUUCGAGAAAAAAAAAACAAAAAAAAUUUCGAGAAAAUUCUAAUUUUUCUGAUCGUCAUUUGGAGCGUCGUUGUGAAACAUUUAAUUUUCAGCCACAACACCCUGGGCUUCCAGUACGUGUUAGAAGCGCCGAUUUCCACCUCAAUACGAAGGGAAGACGAUCGGAUGACCUACGUGAAUAAAGGCCAAUUCUACACAGUUUCCCUAGACUAUAUCCCAGAUCCAUGUAAACCGCUGAAAAACGUCACGGUUAAGGUAGGAAACUCUACUUCUCAGUCUUCGAAAAACGACUAUUCCAGAGCCAACUGAUGAUCGUUUUCCGAGAGGAUAAAACCUAUGAAGAGGAGAUUAAAACGUGGCAAUUCUGGCAUUCAAGGCAACAUUCGGCCAAGCAGAGGAUUUUGGAAGUGGACAGCAAAAAUAGUUCCGGUAUGAUCGGACAGGUAUGGUGUUUCUUGGAUAUUCAUCUAUUCGGUGAUCAUUCGUUCUAAUCAAAGUUUUUUUGUGGUUCUUGCUACAUUUUCCUUUUUUUCUUUUCUGAGGCUGUUAUUUUCAACCAAGCUCGCUCCAAUGAAAAUUUCCUUUUUUUCGCUCAACCAACUCCAUUAUAUCCUCAAAACUUUCCUACACACAAAAUGCAUAUAUUAAAGCGACAAAUUGAGGCCUGGUGGCGCCAAUAAUCAUUUUGGAGAAGAGAACGACGGCGGCCGCCGACCUCAAUUUCACGAAUCAUGCCUCCACUCAUGUAGGAGUGAACGUACACGACCGAAAAAAAACUUUCGCUUUCCCCCGUCCGACGACCCCAAAAAUCCUCCCAUUAUCCAUCCCCCGCCAGACUGUCAACCAUACAAUUCAAAACUCUAUGCAGGAUCACCAGAAAACUUUUGAACGAGCAAGGUCAAAUUAUGUGAAGAUCAUGAAAAGAAAAGCCGAUCCUUAAAUUUAAUCAAAGAUUUUUUGAACAAACCACAUUAUUCUCAAAGAUCGCCUUUUUUAUAAUUGAGUCAUACAUAAAGAAGUUUCGAGGAGCGAAAAAGUAAUAUUUUGAAAUUCUGAGUUUAAAAAUUGCUCAAAGCCCGUUCUCUCGAAGCAACAGCUACUAAAAAAUCCAAACUCUUUUUUUGCAUGUCUCCGGGUUUAAAAUCUAAUAAAAAAGGUGUUACAGAUCGACGAGAUCGCCCACAACGCCGUCCAAUUCUAUUGGAAUCCGUCAGAGCAAAACGGCGUCAAGGUGUGUUUGACAUUUGGGUCACCUGUUUGAAGUUUGAAGAUGAAAGAAAAAUGCAACAUAUGAAAUAGAAAUGUAGCGAAAAAGAUUCAAAAUCAUGGAUUCUCGAUGAAUUCCUAGACAGUUACAAAGCACUAAAGUAGUCCCGAAUCAAUUCAACUUUUUUUCAGUUCAAUUUGUUUAUUUUUCGCAACAUCGGGGAUCGACAAAUAUCCUCAAAGUUCUCCAUUUUCAGAUCAGCAUCGCUGUCCAAUGCCUCUCAACGGAUUUCUCGAACCAAAAAGGCGUCAAGGGUCUUCCCCUGCACGUUCAGAUCGACACCUACGACGGCGACGCCGACAAGGUUCCCUUCCAUCGAGGCUACUGCCAAAUCAAGGUCUUCUGCGACAAGGUUGGUUCUUCUCACUUCCAAAAUGUUGGGAAUAUCUUUGAUAAGUUUUUGAACGAAGUUAUGGACAUCCGAGGCCGUAUACAUGAUCAAUUAUGGGCCUUUUAAUGUUUUAAAAAACCCAAGUUUUUUAGCUCAAAUUUAAUUAUUUGCCGUCAAACUUUCGUGUAUACGGCCUCAGAAAAAAAGGCUAAGGCAUUCUGCGAUAGAAAAAAAUUCAGAUGAGUUUAUUGAUUCCAUUUUAGAUUCUUCAAACACAUUGAAGAAUUUUUCAAGCUACCAACCUUCUCCAAAAAUUAAAAAAUGCCUCUAAAGCAGCUAAAAACUAUCAACAGUUUAAAUCUAAAUGGCUACAAAAUUUAUUAUAAAAACUUGAAGUUGCUGUAUGAAAGUUUUUAAUCAUUUUGUUUGAAUUGUCUUUCAAAAAGAUUGAUUGAACAUCUAGCAUAAAUAAAUAAAUAAAACUAAAAUUCCGAAAUUAGGGCGCUGAACGAAAGCUCCGCGACGAAGACAAACGAGCCCAGAAACGAAAGCUCGCAGGUAAUCGAUAAAAUCGAUAUUGUAAUCAAUCUAUAACUCAAUGUCUAAAUGUCGCCAGAAUGUCCGUGUCUGUCCCAAAAUGUCUCGAAAACGUCUCAAAAGGGUCCGAAGCUACUAAUUUAAUGUCGGUUUGUCGCUUUUUCAGGGCGCCAACCGUAAAAUGUUGCAUGAGAAUCGGCGAGAUGAGAAACGACGUCUACAAGGUAUUCAUGUGCUUACUGUAGCUCAUUGUCUCCGAAAUGUACCGUAAUCCUAUUGUGUGAACGUAGUUAAAUUUAACUGAAACGCUUCAAACGUUCAAUGUAGCGGUGUACUGUAGUGUACUGUAAAGUCUUAACUCCGUCAUUCCGGUGUACUGUAGCUUACUGUUUAAUGUAAAUGUAACCCAACUGUGUGAAUGUACACUGUCUGAACUAAAAGCUUUGUAUGUGGUCCAAUGUAAUUCUUGAAGUCUAUGGCUCCUGUAGUUUAUUGUAGCUUACUGUUAAUAUCUGAGUCUGUGAUUUAAGUGUACUGUAGCUUACUUUAUUGUUGUCCUAUUGUGAAUUUGAGAUGAUGGCGAGAUUCAUAUAUCAUGUCAAAAGCAAGUAGUUGAUCGAAAAAUAGGUUGAAAUUGCGCUCUAUUGAUAAAUUCUUGAUUUUUCGAAUACGCUCCUCGGGCCAGUGAUCCUUUUCGUAUUUGUUUUACUUUUUUCGGGAAACCUCUUAAUUUUCCGCUUCAAAAACUUCUGACUCUCGCCAACACCUCAUCUUCUUGUAUCUGGAUGUCAUACUCGAUUCCCCGCUAGCUUGAGAAUUGGACGUCUAAAUCUCUCCUUUUCGCUCGUUGUCUAGUUGUCUCAAGGUAGUGGUGGAUCAGCUAUACUGACUUUCACGUUGAAAAAGUCCUCACAAAUCUAAUCCAACCACAGCCACCCUGUUCAGAGUUCGCAUCUGCAGGCGCGCUGACCGGCCGGAAAAAGUCGGAGGGCGAGUAUCAUGAGCAAUGCGAACGCUCCGAGUUCUAUCACAUGCGCGAGCUGGACAAGCCGGCGGCGUUGUUCAUCGCCCCCGACGAGUACGAGACGCGAUACGUCGAUCCGACGCUCGGCUUCGAACUCGCCGACAUGGAGCCCGUCCCCAAGAGACCACGGCCGUCAGAACGAAGUUGGUUUUUGCAAAAGUCGAAAUUAUACAGCUUUAUACUAUACCGUCGCCCGCAGAGAGGUCACUAAAUUUAUGAAACUUAUGAUUACUUUUUACAAAGAAAACAGUCAAAAAAAAUACUUCAAAAAAAUUGUUUUUUUAUCGGAAUUAUUAAGGUUCAAGCUAAAGAAGUUCGCUUCAUUCUUAAAAUUCAUUUUGUUAUUCAGACUAGAUUCUUGAAACCACAGAAAUUUUAUAUGAGUCCAAGCUCAUAGUGAAAAAAAUUUAAUCCAGACUCAUUUGAUCCAAAUAUCUGAUAGCAACAGAGAUUUUAGUUAUUCCAUACGUCUACCUGUCUUGAAACCUAGUUUCGAGAUUUUCAUCUGAUAUUUUCGAAAACGUUAAACUUCAAGCGCCAGGAGCUCACUUCAUUAUCAUUAUUUAUUCUGUUCUCCGAGCUAAAUUCUUGAUUCCGCUAGAACUUUAUAUGAGUCGUCCAAUCGAAGCUGAUAGCAUAAUUUAAAUCGAAAACCCCACUCUUGCAUCCAAAUACCAAAUAGCAACAGAUAUUCCAGUCAUGCUGUACGUCCGGAAGACGCAGGAGCAGAUCUACACCCCGCUUCACGUCAUUCCGCCGACACUCGCCGGUCUCGCUCAGUCGAUCGCCGCCAAGUUUGGCGUCGAGCCAGAAAAGGUUAGUUGAAGAGGAAGUUUGGAAAAAGUAAAAGUAAAAGUGAAAACGAAAAUUUGUCCGCCCCGGAAGUCAUUUCCCAUUCCAUACCAUACAAUUCCAAAGUGAAACGGCGCGACGAAAGUGCGGAACUAUUUUCGGAACGUCACAAAAAGUUCAGAGCGACUUGUUAAUUAAAAAGAGUACUCAUCUAUUUUGAAAACUUCCAAUGACAGAAUGCAAUUUAAUUCCUCCAAAAUAAAAAUUUUACGACAAAACAGGAAUUGCGUACAACCUCAAUCAACCAUAAUAUGAUGUUUCAAAAUUUCCCUAUCAUCAUUGAACAAACGUCAAGUACUGAAGCACUUUUCAUUAGAUUUCCUAAUCAAUCAUUAAAUAUUCUUAUUUGAAUGACUUAAUGGCGCAAUUUUACUACUACAGACCGCUUCAAACCCAGAAUCGAUUUUUCUAGACAAAAAAGUCCAGAGCACUUACAACAGGGUCAUUUUUCUUUUGAGUCGGGAAUUUCUUAAUAAUUGGCCAGGACACACGUAUCACAAAGACAUCCUGGAAAUUCAAACCUGUUCAACUUUCUGGUUUUUGAGAAAUAAGGGGUCAAAAAUCUAAAAUAGCCUAUUUUGAAGGAAUUUUAGGACUUUUUUUUACUUUGUUUUGUUCUUUCUCAAAAAAAGUAAGCAGGUUUGACUAUCUAGAUCUUUAUCUGGUAGAUUAAGGAGUUUUCUGGCCUAUUUUCAAGACAAUUUCAACCUAUUUGAAUAAUUAUCUUCCUUGUUAGGAGUGUCGCGAUUAAUUAUGAAAAUGCGCUUUAUAGCUCACUCUUAACGAAUCUGGAGCCAAACUACUAAAAUUGCAGAUGAGCGUCGUCUACAAACGGUGCGCCAAGGGGAUCACGGUCAAGGUGGACGACGAGAUGUUGCGGCACUACUGCAACGAGGACACGUUCAUGAUCGACGUCGAGCCGUCGGCCGAGGACCCUUCCACCUACGCCGCCACCCUCAUCGAGGUCGUCCCCUCCCAACAACAGCAGUACCAGCAGGCGACCGCCAACGUUUGA